AGUAACCAGGGUGUCCUCUUUGUUUCUGCAGAGUGAUAAAAGUCAGAUGUCUGGAAGAUCAACUUUUCUUGAUGGCUCGUCUCUCAGCUCUGACAGCAGUUUGAACAGCACCUCGGAGGCCGACAGUUUCUGUCUGGACGUGGCCACGAACCUCCGUUUCUCCGUCUGGGUUUCUUUCUGUGAGAUUUACAACGACAACAUCCACGACCUGCUGGAGCAGGUUCCCGCUGGACAUCUCAAGAGGACAGUGCUGCGUCUGUCUCAGGACGUCAAAGGAAACUCCUUCAUCAAAGACUUGCGCUGGGUCCAGGUGAACAGCUCUGAUGAAGCCUACAAAGUGAUGAAGAUCGGGAAGAAGAACCAGAGUUUCUCCUCCACCAAACUGAACCAGCUGUCCAGCAGGAGCCACAGCAUCUUCUCCAUCAGGAUCCUUCGAGUGGACGACGUAGGCGUUCCCAGAGUCCUCGGCAUCAGCGAGUUGUCUCUGUGCGACCUGGCCGGCUCCGAGCGCUGCUCUCGCACCCACAACACCGGCGAGCGUUUGAAGGAAGCGGGAAACAUCAACAGCUCUCUGCUCACGCUCGGGAAAUGUAUCAACGCCAUGAGGCUCAACCAGCACGCCAAGUAA